UUCCGACGUGGAAGUAGAUGAUUGGCUGUGAUAUGAUAAGAAGUGUGCGAUCGUGAAACGUUGGAAACACCAAUUAAACCUCAUGCUCGUUAUCACCUCACCACUUCGAAACCCGAAAGAAAGAGAAGGAGAAAUGGCAACCACCACUACACUCGCCGGAGUGAGCCUCUCCACCCCAAGGGCAGUGUUGUCAAAAACAACAGAGGCACCGAGGGCAUUUCAAUCGCUCAACAUCCCCACCUGGAGAAGCUACUCUUCCGUUGGCCGCCGCAUGACCUUGGUAAGGCCAGUAACCGCAGCACCGGAUAAACUGUCGGAAAAGGUAGCGGAAAGCAUCAAGAGCGCCGAGGAGAAGUGCUCGGACGACCCGGCAAGCGGGGAGUGCGUGGCGGCGUGGGACGAGGUGGAGGAGCUGAGCGCUGCCGCCAGCCACAAACGUGCCAACGAGAAAAGUUCCGACCCCUUGGAGACAUUCUGUAAGGACAACCCCGAAACCGACGAGUGCCGUACUUACGACUGAUGGGUCGAUCUCAAUCUGCCUGUGCCUUGGCCCGGCUUUGAGGUUGUCGUGCUUUAGAUUUCACAGUACUUUCUCCGUCUCUGUUUAUGUUAAUUAAGAUGGACUAAACUGAAGCUGUUGUUGGGAUACUAUCAUGAAAAUCUUGAUUUGGAAUGUUUUUUAUAAUUAUUUUGCAUGAUGAUAUGAUACAGUAGCAUGUUAUCGUAUAUAUGUUUAACGUAAUUGGUGAUUACUUUAUCAGCUUCCAAAUAUUAUAAACAAGCUUUGCCCUUCUUUUUUA